AUAUAAACUCUUGGGUGGAGUACAACAGUAUGUGGCUUGUUGUCCUACUCGUUGUUCUUAGUGCAACAUGGAUGUCUGUUCCGGCAUCUGCAGCCACAUGUCCUCUAACACCAAACCUCUCGGACGGAUAUUAUACUACCAGUAUUAGCAGUUUUACAAGUGGUGGCACAGCGACUGCUAAUUGUUUUCCAGGAUACCAGAGAAAUAGACCGUAUUUUAUCACGUGUGGUAGUAAUGGCACUUGGCCUAGUGGUGCUUCUUCUCUUCCAACUUGUACAUCAACUACAUGUUCUGCAGCACCAACAAUGGCUAACGGCUAUCUUACUUUCAACAGUGAGAGUUUUAUGGAUGGAGGUUCAGCAACUGCCAGUUGUUUUCCAGGAUACAAGUUGACAAGAUCACCUACAAUCAGUUGUGGAAGUGGCCAGUGGUCUAGUGGUGCUUUUCUUCCAACUUGUACACGUGUGUUGUGUAGCAGUCACGCUGCCCCUUCUAAUGGAGCUAUUGCCAGUAUGUCCUUGGAGAUCAAUGGUGCAACAAUUUUCACUUGCAAUUCGGGAUACAAUUUAGUCGGCAGCAGUGCAUCUGUUUGUCUACCAACUGGAACUUGGUCAACUUUGCCACCAAUGUGCCAGAAUAUCACAUGUUCACCACCUUUGACUUCUCCCGUCUAUGGUAAAAUAGCCAGCAGCUCAAAUGACGUUGGUGGUGCAACAUACUUCACCUGUAACUCAGGAUUUGCAUUAGUGGGCACAAGUGCAUCUGUGUGCACCUCAUCUGGAUCAUGGUCACAACCAGCACCAACUUGCCAAGAAAUUAUGUGUUCUGGCUCAGUGACAGCACCUACAAAUGGUCAUGUGACCGGAAAUGGCAAUACAUUCUCGUCAGUACGUCAGUUCUCUUGCAUGGAAGGUUAUCAACUGAGUGGCACAAGUUACACUAUAUGUCUGGCAAAUGGUACAUGGUCAACUGCUAGUCCAGUGUGCACACUGAUGGGAUGCUUGCCGCUCGAUGCUCCCGGAAAUGGUUCCAUCGUAUCUAGCAGUCCUCUUCGGACGGAUUUCGCAUGCGACGAUGGAUUUGCCAUCAUAGGCGAUCCAUCUCCGAUGUGUUUGAUUACGGCAUACAAUUGGACCUCUGGUACACCCACAUGUGCAGAACUGCCGGAAUGCCCUGACCUCACUGUGGAUAAUGCAGAUGUGUUAAGCGGCUCAAGCAAAGUGAACAGCACUCGUGUUGUCACUUGUACUCCAGGCUUUGAGAUGUUGGGUGACUCAAUGGUGGUCUGCCUUGACGAUGGCAAUUGGUCUAGCAUACCUAUCUGCAUCCACCUUGUGGACUGCAAUCCCCUGAUGGUUACGAAUGGGAAAGUCUCUGAAGGACAGAACACUGUUGGCAGUAUUAGAACAGUGUUGUGCAAUGCUGAUCAUGAACUCAGCGGCGAUAGGACAAUAGUCUGCUUGGAGGACGGCAGCUGGUCCAGCAGUUCAACGUGUAAAGCUACUGGUCCUCCUGUGGCACUCAUCCCAUCGACGGAGGUCCCGGAACCUACUGAAGCCGCCUCAACAUUCUUGAGCCAGGGUGGCAGUGUGGCUCUGAUUGUUUUCAUUGGUGUCUUAUUUAUGAUGCUUUUGAUCGCCGUCAUCGCCAUCGUCCGGCUUCGGCGGGACUUCCCCGAGCAUAUGCACGAGGUUGCCCUGAGCUACAACAACAAGAGAGAGAAAAGACAAAUGGUGACCCUCACUCACUCGGCGCCGAUUCCAGAAAACAACCUGUAUGCCACAGUGAACAAGCCGCAGAGCGCGACGCCUGCAGUCCAGAUGGAAGUUGCCUACACGGAUCUCACAUUUACCACCCCUCCAGCCGACUCUCCAGCUGGCUCUCAGGUGUAACGAGGCGCUAUUCAAGCAUUGAUAUGAAUUUCAUUGACGUAGUGGCUCUUGUUUUGUUAUUGAUCUGUUGCAAUCAUGAUAGAUUGCAUGUGAUAUGAGUUUGCGCAUACUUAAGCAGACCGAUAGGUCGUGCUUCCAUACAAUCAUAUUCUUGUAUGUUCACUUGCUUUUUUUCUCCAUCCAUCAUCACCCCACAACUGCACUCUCCAGCCGACCGCGACACAUUGCCACAGCGCGCUAUCGGCAAAGCGACACAUCCGUGGGUUGUACAACCCGUACAACGCCGUAAUCUGCUACUUGCCCUUGUUUUUUUACUCACUUGCCUGGUCUUCAUUCCAGCUAUCUCAAAUAAGGUUAUAUAGCUGUGAGUUGCCAUCAGGAUGAGGCUUUUCUUUCCAGCUUUUUUGCUUGCACCUUUGCUCCAGCUUGCAUUCAGAGUUGGAAAAUCAUAUUAAUGAAUGCGUAUGCCUUGAUCAGCUUUGAAACCAGACCUUUUUUGAGAGGAAAUUGCUAUCCGAUUCUUUCUCGCUUGCAUCUUUCCCUCAAACCUGUGAAUAUGUUAUGCAUUGAGGUGUAUAUUAUUGUGCAGUGGAUUUCCUCUAAGUUCGUGUGCAAGGAUAAAUGUAACCCUUGUAUACUGAACCUGCUGGUUUUAGUUGCCAAGCUGAGGUGUCUGUUUUCUCUUUGUUGUUGUACAAGAAAAUCCCGGCGUGCCGCCGACUGAUUAACAUGGUCACUGGCUCACGACCGAGUCUGUAGCGCACGAGAAGAAUGCUCAACCCUCCUGUUGGCAGCCCUGCACGAAAGCACCGGUCUAUUGCAGCUUCGACGGUUUACACUAUGUUAGAAAUCAUUUGGAUGCAGUGUUGUUACUUUUGUAGGAUGCGUGCUAAUGCAUGCGUCACCUUCACCAGAUACAGCUCUUACUUUUAUCACUCUCGCCUAAUGUGGCAUAUGCACUCUUGGUACUCUGUACACUUGCACGCUCUUUAUUCCCACUACAUGUACUUUGUAUUUCACGCCGUCAGUUUCCAUCG